AUGCUGCCAUAUCUAUCGCAAGUGAGAGCACGUAUUGUGAAAGGUCAACGGGAAGGACGUUAUCAAGAAGAUUUACUGGACCAGUGGAUUAAUGUUUUCAUCAGUCCCAUUGGCGUGGUGGGGAAAGAGGGAUUGGCAACCGCUAUCCAAAUCAUUAACUAUAAUCCUUUACGGAAGGAGCAUUAG